AUGCCCGUGCUGCAGCUCGAGUGCCUUGACCGCCUCCUCUCUCACGGGAGGCUUGCUGUGAGCUUUCCUGAGGUGGUCUUCCCCCGACAGCUCCUGGGAUCGCCCUUCCAGCUUCCGACCUGCGGGAGGGCGACAGGGAGGCGUUUGCUGCUGCGGUUCCUGUGGCAGAUCCGCGCAAGAUGGCUCUUCCCGAUCAUUGGCCACAUGGGUAUCUGCACGUCGACUGGAGUCAUCCGGGACUUCGCGGGGCCAUACUUUGUCUCAGAAGACAACAUGGCAUUUGGGAAGCCAGUGAAGUACUGGAAACUGGAUCCCAGCAAAGUAUACUCCACCGGUCCCAAUGCUUGGGACACAGCCGUACACGAUGCCUCGGAGGAGUACAAGCACCGAAUGCACAACCUUUGCUGUGAUAACUGCCAUUCUCACGUGGCUCUGGCCUUAAACUUGAUGAGAUACGAUAACAGCACCUCCUGGAACAUGGUCAAACUCUGCUUCUUCUCACUCCUGUAUGGGAAGUAUGUAAGCAUAGGGGGAUUUGUGAAGACCUGGCUUCCCUUUGUCCUCUUCCUGGGGGUGAUUGUGACCAUUGUUCUGACGCUUCAUUUGCGGUGA